AUGACGGAACUGAGGCUGGGAGAUGAAGCUACCUACCGGACCUAUUUCCGUAUGCCCCCGGAGAUGUUUGACAAACUGUUGGCUAGGGUGGGCCCCAGAAUUGCGAAGAUGGACACUAACUAUAGAAGAGCUAUAGAACCUGGUGUGAAGUUGACUGCCACCCUGAGACACCUUGCAAGCGGCAUAGACUACGCAAGCCUGUCCUAUGACUUCAGGGUAUCGCGCCAUACGGUAGCCACCUUCCUUCCUCUGGUGUGUCAAGCUAUUGUAGAUGAGUGCAAGCAUGAAGUUAUUCCCUGUCCAAGCACAGCUGCAGAGUGGAAGGCAAUUGCUAAUGAUUUUGAGAGAAGGUGGAAUGUGCCGCAUGCAAUUGGAGCUCUCGAUGGUAAGCAUAUAUCCAUCAGAAAACCAGCCAGUUCUGGAUCCCUGUACUACAAUCACAAGAAGUUUUGCUCCAUUGUCCUUCUGGCCCUGGUCGACGCGAACACCAAAUUCCUGUGGAUCGAUGUCAGUGGUUUGGGACACCAAUCUGACGCUCAGAUAUUCAACGCAAGUGAGCUGAAAGAAUUCAUCGCCGAUGGCUCAGCUGACCUGCCAGCUGCUGAAUCUAUGACCAAUGAUGACGUGGAUGUGCCAUACUUUAUCCUGGGUGAUGAUGCUUUUGGCUUGAAACCCUACCUUAUGAAGCCCUACACCAGGAGAGGUUUAACCAAGGAAGAGACUAUCUUCAACUACAGAAUUUCCAGAGGCCAGUGUGUGGUUGAGAAUGCAUUUGGAAUCCUGUCCUCCCGCUUCAGGUGUUUGCUGACAACCCUACAACAGAAUCCUGACAAUUGCAGAAUCAUUGUGGAAGCUUGUGUUUGCCUGCAUAACCUCAUGAGAAUGAAGUACCCAGACCUCCAGAAUGCAGAUAUGGACAUGGAAGAUUUAGAACACAACCUGAUUCCUGGAGAGUAG